AUGGAUAUCUCAAAAAUUUUCCUUGCAAUAAUUGUAAUUUUAAUAAUUUACGCUUUCGACAAGUUCCUAAAAUGGCGAAAGUUUGUCAACACUGUCAAUCGCAUUCCCGGACCAAAGUCUUAUCCCAUCAUCGGUACAAUGUGGGAGACAAUGCGAGCAAAUCGUGACGAAAUAUUAGAAAUUCAGAAAAAACACAGCGCCCUCUAUGGCCCAAUUUAUCGCUAUUGGUUGAUGGGAUUUGCGGAUAUAAAACUGGAACGCGCUGAACAUGUCGAAAAAAUUCUCAAAUCAACGACAAUUAUCAGAAAAAGUCAAUUUUACGAUUAUGAGUUCAGAAAGUGGCUUGGCAAUGGUCUUAUCACUUCAACGGGCGAACAAUGGCAUUUACAUCGUAAAUUCUUGACACCAACCUUUCAUUUUAGCAUAUUGGAGGGAUUUUGUGAUGUUUUUGCUGAAAAAUGUCAAAUUAUGGUCGAAAAAUUGAAAAAAGUCGCAGAUACGGGAGAAACUGUCGAAAUUUUUGAUUAUGUACAUCGGUGUGCUCUUGAUAUCAUCUGUGAAACUGCUAUGGGCAUACAAAUGAAUGCGCAAGAGACCGGUAAAAGCGAAUAUACAGAAGCUAUCAAAGAGAUUUGUACGAUCAACACUAAAAGAUUUCUGACACCUUUAUUGCGUUUUGAAUGGAUUUUUGCUUUGACAAGUUAUGGAGCAAGAAGUCGUAAAGCUCUCAAAACCCUCAAUGAUUUCACGGAAAAAGUAAUAAAGGAACGAAAAGCGUUACGAAAAGAACUUUCCAAUUCAGGAGAAACUGAAACGGGCAAGAAACGAAAAAUGUUUUUAGAUCUCGUGCUGGAUGAAACAGAAAAACGACCAUUUUUCACAGAUCAAGAUAUCCGGGAAGAAGUUGACACCUUUAUGUUCGCUGGGCAUGAUACAACAACAGCUGCAAUGUCUUUCGCGCUUUAUUUGAUCGGAUUACAUCCAGAAGUGCAAGAAAAACUUUACCAAGAACAACUUGAUAUUUUUGGAGAUUCUACAGAACUUGCUACUUACAAGAAUUUAUCAGAAAUGAAAUACAUGGAUAUGGUUAUCAAAGAAUGCCUGCGAAUAUUUCCAUCUGUACCAAAAGUUUCGCGUCGUGUAACUGAAGAAGUUGAAGUUGGAGGUUAUACGAUUCCAGUUGGUGCGAGUGUUUCUCUUUGGAUCUAUGGAUGUAGUCGUGAUGAGAGAUAUUUCCCAAAUCCAGAAAAAUUCGAUCCUGAUCGCUUUUUGCCCGAAAACAAGAAAAACUUGCAUCCAUAUGCUUUUAUUCCCUUCAGUGCUGGAUUACGAAACUGCAUUGGACAAAGAUUUGCACAACUCGAAGAGAAAGUUAUGCUUUCCACGAUGAUCAGAAACUUUAAAAUAACGUCACCGAUACCUCUUAAGGAUAUGAAAGUCAUUCAGGAGAUUGUAACUCGACCAAUUAAUGGAGUUCAUAUCAUUUUGGAGAAACGUCAAAGUUCAACAAAAGGUCUUAACUAACUAUAUAACCUCAAAAGUUAACAAUGAAGCUUGAACCUUUGGAUCUAUUAGGUUAUGUUUAUGUCUUUGAUCAAUCCAUACUAAAUGCUAUAAAAUUGAAAUUCCAU